ACUUCGCAACUUCAGAAUGAGAGAAAGAGGAGGGAUGAGCACUGAAAUCCCUCCCCGGAGGCGAGCAGAAAGAUUGCGCUGGUGAGAGUUUCGGGCGCACUGAGACGCAGUCGAUCUUUUCCUCUUUUUUUUUUUCCGCACUCAAAAAGAGAUGAUGAACAUCAACAACAACAAAAAAUCUCCUCUUGUAGGCUAUGCGUUUCAAGAAAGAUGGUUCCGCUCAAGUUUUUAGAAGGGAGCUACUUUCGAUGAGGACUGACCCCAUUUCCUCUGCGGAUCCAAGUUUUCAAUCACUUCAUCAGUCCGCAGGACACAGGCGCAGCUGGUGCCAGGGAGAAAACCACCCCUGUCCACAUGCGCUGCUCUGCCUCACUUUGGAAUCUGUACACUUCUCACCGGGCUCUCACCGCAGACCGACUGGAGAGGAAAACUCCGAUGGAGAAUCAUGCAGCACUUUGAACCCAUGGAGACAUGGCGCAAAGGCUCCUCACAUCUGCGAACAGAGUCAGCGCUAGAUUCGCCUUCAUAUUUACUUUGUCCCUAUCCUGUGCGUAUUUAUGCUACAAUAUUAUCUUCUAUCGCGGCGCAGUCAUGACAAACCAGACUUACGACGGGAAACGCUGCCCGCCGAGCAAAAACGCAGGAGGGAAGAAACUUCUUGGGAAGCUGGACAAUUGCGCUUCGCUGAAUGUCAGGUCGGCUUUUCAGCGAGGAUCCAGUGAUCCCCGGGACCAGAGCAAAGCGCCAGGUUCGCCUGGUGCUCACGGGACAGACGCGAAUUUUAAAAAUAUGAGUGUUGCGCAAAAAUAUGGGAACAAGAAGCUGCCCAAUGCGUUAAUAGUAGGCGUAAAGAAAGGGGGAACCAGGGCGGUGCUGGAGUUCAUCCGGAUACAUCCAGAUGUGCGCGCACUCGGAACAGAACCGCACUUUUUUGACAGAAACUACGACAGGGGGCUGGAUUGGUACAGGGGACUGAUGCCACGCACACUCGACAGCCAGAUAACGCUAGAGAAGACUCCCAGCUAUUUUGUGACCAGAGAGGCACCUCACCGCAUCUCCAGCAUGUCUCAUGAUACUAAGCUGAUUGUUGUGGUACGAAACCCUGUCACCAGAGCCAUCUCUGACUAUACCCAGACUCUAUCGAAGAAGCCCGACAUUCCCACAUUCGAAGAGCUAGCCUUCAAAAACCAAAGUCUGGGUCUUGUGGACACGUCUUGGAACGCCAUUCGGAUUGGAAUGUAUAUCCUUCACCUGGAAAACUGGCUGCAGUAUUUUCGACUGUCACAGAUGCAUUUUGUGAGCGGCGAGCGGCUGAUAACGGACCCAGCGGGGGAAAUGGGCCGUGUCCAGGACUUUCUAGGGCUGAAACGGAUAAUCACGGACAAGCACUUCUACUUCAAUCGAACCAAAGGUUUCCCCUGUUUAAAGAAGCCCGAAAGCAGCAGCCAACCUCGAUGCCUCGGCAAAUCCAAGGGCAGGACUCACGUACAGAUUGAGCAGGAGGUCAUAGAGCAGCUGCAGGAGUUUUAUAGACCUUUUAACAUCAAAUUCUAUGAGACUGUGGGACAAGAUUUCAAGUGGGAUUGAAUGUACUUUGAACAAAAAGAGAGCGAACAGUUUAUAAAAAUGCCUACCUCUGGAAACAAGUUAAUUGAGAAUAACUUUAAAAUAUAUUUAACUGAGUACUAAGCAGAGUUCAUACUAUGAUCAAAUAAGUGGUAUUAAGAUUAUAAAUCUAUAAAUAUGGGUUUAUCAUGUGGGUCAUCUGGGGAGAAGUGUAAUUUAUUUAUUGAUACAUAAAAUAUAUACCAAACAAUUUUUCUUCCCAUCAACAUACCAAUUAAAUAUUUUUCAAUCUAUUUUAGUGGAUCAACUUAUUUACCAAAAUAACGUCACAAAGCUUUCCCGCCAUUUGCCAUCACCAUCCACACAAUUAAAUAUUUAUUAUCCAGAUUCCUUAUUUAUUCAUUAUUUCCUCUGAAAAUGAUCUGCUGUCCUUACUAUUAAAAUGAGCACUCCACAUGAAGUCGCCUCAUAAUGUCAGAUUAAUAAUAACAUCAGCCUGUCAACAUCAGCAGACAAAGUGUGGAAAACAGAAGUGAAAAAUACUGUGAGAAUUAACAAAUUAAUAGGUUUAAUCAAAGAUCUCAUA